AUGGCCGCACCGAAGAGCGGCGUGGCUUCGGUUGCAGAGACAGCGUCCCCUUCAAAUGUGGAGAUUGCUUCCUUGCUAGGGGUCUUCGUGGAAGUAGGAAGGCGAUCUGAGGCAGCUGAGGUCAUUCCGAGGAGUGACCCGUCAAUAGAAGAAGAGGGCUUUGUUCAAGAGGUGGAGUCCAAGUAUAAAGAGUACCGUGCCAAGCAUCGUGAGUUGUGCCGCCGAUUCAGCGCGGAUGGUAAAUUCCAGUCUCUUAGGGACGAGCUGAAGGAGAAGGACGAUGAACUCGUGAGAGUCGAAAGAUGUAGCGAGCUUGAGGGAGAUCUUAAGGCCAAGGAUGACGAGCUCGAGGCUGAGCUUGAGCAGAGUUCGAUCAGAGCCAAUGACCUAAGUGACGAGUUGACUGAGAAAACGGUAGAGCUGGAGAGGGCCGAGGAAGCCAGGACGAUGACUUUGGUGAGGGUAGCAGCAUUGGAGGAGGUCAUCCGCGUCCUUAGAUCUGAACGGGCGAGCGAAGCAAAAACGGCCAUGCUCAGAGAGGCACGGGUUGAUGAGCGGAUUGGUGGACUCAAGAGAGAGGUUUCAAGCCUUAGUGACCAAGUCGCUACUCUUGAGGCCGAGAAGGCGCAUCUGCUGGCGCGGUUGUCCUCCUCCUAUACUUCUGCGUUUUCCGAUGUUCUGCAGCACUUAUAUGAGAUGUGGAUCCACGCCGAGGCUCAGCUGGACAUUCUCAAGAAUUUGAUGACGGCGGGAAAGGUUCCUGAGGCCGAUUUUGAAGAUGCUCGUGUCAAGGCGUCUACUCCGAGGGCCGGCGACAGUGAGGAGGAGGAAGAAUUGGACGAGCUUGAGCAGGAUGCCUGGUACGAAGAUGAACAUCCUCAAGGCGAUGGUGGAGACAGCGCUAUUGGGAUGGGUGGUGAAGGAGACGACAAUGUCGGUGGAGACAGCGUGGAGUAG